AUGACCUCCUGGAGCUUGUUGCCUGUUGCCCUGGUUCUGCUCUGCUCCAACAUCCUCUGCUCCCUGAGCUGUGACCUGACUCAGGGCCUCCAGCAAGACUUCUUACUUCUGAACCAGAUGAGCACAUUUUCCCUGGUGCCAUGUCUGAAGGACGGGACCAACUUCAACUUCCCAAUGGAAGGCCUGGAGGGCAGCCAGCUCCAGAGGGAAGAGGCCACAGCCAUUGUUCAUGAGAUGCUUCAUCAGAUCCUCAUCCUGUUCAAUCAGAAUGCUGCUCCUGUUGCUUGGAAUCAGAUUCAGUUCAAGGAUCUGUGCAUUGGACUGGAUCACCAGCUGGACCAACUGGAGAGGUGUCUUGGACAGCAGGUGCAGUGGGAAGGGCCUUCCUUGGAAAGUGAGACCCUCAGGCUGACCCUGAAGAGCUACUUCCAAGGAAUAAGCCAAUACCUUGAAGGAAAAGGAUAUAGUCGCUGUGCCUGGGAAAUCACCAGAGUAGAGAUCAGAAGAGUCUUUCUGUUCUUGAGCAAACUCGCCAGAAAAUUCAAAGACUAA